AUGACUGCUAAGGAUGCUUACGAAUAUUUUGUACUGAAGGCCCAAGACAUGGCUCUUUCGAAAAACUGGACUCCUGUGAACUGGGAAGAAACCUUCAAUGCGUUUCCCACAAAGCUCCAUCCACAAACAGUAAUUCAUAACUGGUGGAGCUCUGGUGUUUGCCCGAAGGUUGUUACAAAAGGCUUCAGGUGUAUUUUCAGUAACCAGCAUGUAUGGUAUCUUGACCAUUUAGAUGUACCUUGGGAUGUUGUAUAUAACACCGACCCACUAGAAGGAAUACAUGAAGCUUCUUAA